AUGGCACUGUGUACAUGGCUCACAGAGGAACAGCUAGCCUUCAAUGCAACUUUUGAGGAGGAGUACCUCAAGUGCCAAAAAAAAGGGAACUACAGUACCUUUUGGCAGCCUUUCUUUGAGAAAUGGGAAGAAAGAUGGCCUGUGAGGGCUUCCAUGUUUCCAGAUAUUCCCCCAGUUCAAAGUCUAACUGCAACUCAAUUAGAGGAAGAAGACCAAUUCAAAACUGCACUUCAGAAGCGCUUGAUGGUCGAAUUCUGUAACAAUUACAGAAAUUCAAAGCCUGGCCACAAGGCUGUGGCAGCAGGACCCACCACCAGUCAGAAACAACCUCUUAAGGAAAGUGAGGUCUAUACAAAAAUUGUCAAAGACGAGCUUAAUGCUAUCAAAUCACAAGCUGAGGCCCCCAAUGACAGGAAGACAAAUAUUCAGGUUGUUCGGAAGCACAUCGAGCAGUGUUGGAAUAAUGAGUCUGUUGAGGUGAAGCAGGAAAUUUCUCGACUUAUGAGAGAGAUGAGGGAAGCAGGAUGUGAGGUAGUGAAGCAGCAAGAAUCAUCCAAGGUGGCCAAUGUUAAUGACCUAAUUAUACUGAGACUCACCGAAAUUCCCUCAACUUUCUUUGGAGAGCUUCAUGAGGCCACAGGUUGGACUUUCAGCGUCCUGCUUGGUGGUCCUGACCCAUCAAAUGGAGGUGCAAUUGAUUUUAACAAUAAUGUCAUGGUACUGUACUAUGACUUUGUUUCUCAUGUUUUCCCUGAAGUGGGGACUUCAGAUCAAACAGUCGCCAACAAUGUUCUCAGUUCUCCCACUCUAGAUGAUAUUCCCACCAUUAAUGAUUCUCCAACUACUACAACCACAGCAGCUGAUACAUCACAUGGUUCACACACCACAUCCCUACAGCCAGACUUGGCAUCUAUCAUGCCUUCCUUGGAGCUUGGACAAGAAAAGGUAAUUAGUGCAUUACCUGCUGAAAAUUUCUUCCAAAACAUGCCCCCUGCUCCUCAAGACAAUGAGAUCAAUCAAGAGUUGAAUAUGCCCAUUCUGCCCAUGCCAGAGGGCUACAUACCCUUCCAUCUGCCACCCCCACUCUCUCUGGAUGCUAUGUCUACCUCUGAAUCUUUUGAUCUCAAGAGUUUCAACAAUGCUCUCAAAUCCAUGCAGUCCCAGGACAUCAUCACAGGAAUGAUUUCUUCCCCUCCCCACAUUCAUCAUCAGUUCAAUAAUUUCUUUAGAUUUUCUUCACCAACAGCGACUGCCUCUACCACAUCCACCAUCGCCCAUCUACCUGCAGCUCCAUCUACCACUCCCUCUACCACUCCUUCCAUGCCUGCUGCAACUUGUUCACCUGCUUUCGCAAUUUCCACCACCCCAGCUGUUACACCUUGCACCAUGCCUGCCAUCAGCCAUUCCACUACACCUGCUACAGCACCCUCACCAGCUGCACCCACAACUCCUGUGACACCAGGAAUGAGGCCUUCUCCUGUGGUUGAUGAACCUCCAGCAAAGCAUCAGAAAAAGGCUCAAUACACACAUCCAGGAGAGACAGAUCCGCCACAGCCUGUGGGCCAAGGAAAAUGGCAAUGA